AUGGAUAAGCUCAUCCCAGAGAUCGAAGAGGACAGCGAUGAGGAGCCCAAGGGUAAGGAGAGAGAGAGGGAUGCAUCUGGGGCGCAGGGCGGAGAAGACCCCCCUCGAUCAAGUACUCACUUUUUGGCCUUAAUUGUCUAUGUUGACGAUGUUCUCAUUUCUGGUCCAUGUGAGGUAGAUAUUGUUGCUACUAAAAACUUUCUAGACAGAACAUUCACCAUCAAAGACUUGGGACAUGCCAAAUUCUUCCUUGGUUUGGAGAUUGCUAGAUCUCCCUCAAGAAUGUACAUUAAUCAAAAGAAGUAUAUUUUAGACAUUUUGUCUAACCAUGGUUUGCAAAAUGGCAAGAUAGCUCAAGCUAUGAAACUUUCUUCUGAUACUAGCCCACUUCUUACUGAACCAAAGAAGUACCGAAGGUUAGUGGGCAAGCUACUGUAUUUGAAUCUCACCAGGCCUAACAUUUCAUUCUCUAUGCAACAAUUAAGUCAGCAUAUGCAGAACCCACACCAGUUACACUGGGAUGCUGCUACACAUGUCCUUAAAUACCUUAAGAGUUGUCUUGGAAAAGGAUUAUUUUUCCCUUCUGAAAAUUCUUUUCAUCUCACUGCCUAUUGUGAUGCAGAUUGGGCAUCAUGUGUUGAUAUUAGGAAAUCAGUAACUGGAUUUUGUGUAUUUCUUGGGCGUGCCUUGAUUUCUUGGAAGUCCAAGAAACAAUCCACUGUUAGUAGAUCAUCUGCAGAGGCUGAAUACAGAAGCAUGGCCUCAACAGUUUCUGAGCUGCAAUGGUUAUCAUAUUUGCUCCAAACUUUUCAAUUACAAAUUUUUCUUCCUAUCCCUCUCUAUUGUGAUAACAAAGCUACCAUCCAUAUUGCCUCCAACCCAGUUUUCCAUGAACGCACGAAACAUACAGACAUUGAUUGUCAUGUUGUCAGGGAUCAAAUGUUGGCUUUUGACAAUGAUACAAGAGAUUAA